AUGGGAAAGAAGAGCGUCUGCGUGGUGGUCUUGGGCGACAUAGGACGGAGCCCAAGAAUGCAGUAUCAUGCGCAGUCUUUGAUCCGCCAAGGUUUUGACGUAGACAUUGUCGGGUAUACCGACAGUCCCGUGCUGGACGACCUGAAAGAGAACGCCACGAUUAUUGGUGUCCCGAAACCGUUUCCGUUCGAUGAAUAUGUUCCAAGGAUGAUAGCAUUCCUGUUCAAAGUUGUAUGGCAAACACUGACAUUGUUUUGGGCCAUAUUGGUGAAACGCAAAUCUGAUAUCGUUCUAGUUCAAAAUCCACCUGCGAUUCCUACACUUGCUGUUUGUUGGUUUUACUGUCUACUCGUCAAUGCAAAAUUUAUAAUCGACUGGCAUAAUUAUGCAUACUCAAUACUUGCCCUGACUUUGGGUUCCAAUGCACCUCUGGUAAAAGUCUCCUUAUUCUAUGAACGUACUUUUGGCAGACUGGCUGAUUUUAAUCUAUGUGUUACCAAAGCAAUGAAAGAAGACCUGAAUAAAAAAUGGAACAUCAAAGCUACGACCUUGUAUGAUCGCCCAGGACCACAGUUUAAAACCAUCACAUUAUCUCAAAAACAUAAUUUACUAGAAAAAAUGAAUUUAAAUGAUUUCACUAAGCUAUCAGAAUCUGGAGAGGUGCAAUUAAAACCCAACCGGCCUAGUCUACUUGUGUCCAGUACUAGCUGGACCCCAGAUGAAGAUUUUUCGAUUCUUUUGAAAGCUCUACAAAAAUACGAUGAAAGUGAUGAUAUCUACCCAAAACUCAUUUGUGUUAUCACUGGGCGAGGCCCAUUAAAGUAUCACUAUCAACAUAAGAUUUUAAAAUUGAAGUGGAAAAAAGUUUCAAUCAUUACACCUUGGCUUGAAAAUAAUGACUAUCCACUUCUUUUAGCGUGUGCUGAUCUUGGUGUGUGCUUACAUGCCUCCUCGAGCGGGUUAGACUUGCCCAUGAAAGUGAUCGAUAUGUACGGUGUUGGCUUACCUGUCUGUGCAUAUGAUUUCAAAUGCUUAAAUGAAUUGGUUCGACACAAUGAAAAUGGUCUUGUAUUCUCAAAUGAAAAUCAGCUUGCAUUGCACAUUAUGACAUGGUUUAAAAACUUCCCUUCAGAGAUCUGCGAAAAACAAAGUAGAUUUUGUAAAGAAAUUGAUAAUUUCCGGGCAGUAGAUUGGCAUACAAACUGGAUGAAUAAUGCAUAUCCAAUUUUUUCAAACGACAAUAAUUAG